UUUAUAGCUAUAUUAGAUCAAUUAAAAUGACUACUCCGUACAUUGGUAGCAAAAUUUCGUUGAUUUCGCAAUUGGACAUUCGAUAUGAAGGUUUUUUGCAUAAAGUUGAUCCUGUGGAGUCUACAAUUUCACUAUCGAGAGUUCGAUCGUUUGGUACGGAAGACAGAUUGGCAAAUGUAACAGUCCCUGCUCGAAAAGAAGUUUAUGAUUAUAUUAUAUUCAAAGCCAGUGAUAUAAAGGAUCUAAUAGUUUGCGAUACGCCAAAGCCUACGCCUGAUAUUGAUGAUAUUACUUAUGAUCCAGCGAUUAUUUCCGUUUCAAAGCCGCCAGCUAAUGUGCCCACUGAGGAGCGUAAAGGCACUCAAGAUUCUGAGGCAUCAAGCCCACAAACACAAAAAUAUGGGGCACAAAUAGAAUCACGUCAACAACAAAGAGAUACUUCCACGAAUGAAAAUCAAUUAUCUGGGAAAUUUGGCCAGUCUACUCGACAUCAAUAUUACCAACAAGGAACUAUCCAAGGACAACGUCAACCUUAUAAAUAUGUUAAUGUGAGACAGGCACCGCCAAUGCCACGUGUAUUUCAGGCGCAAGAUCACCACGUAACUCAGCAACAGCGUCAUUAUGGUGGUGAUCAUCGGCCACAUCAUCCCCAAUAUUAUUACAACCAGGGUCGUAACAUGAGGAAAUACGACGGCGAUUUUGAUUUUGAAAAAGCAAAUGAAGAUUUCCUUGAAUCUGUGGAUGGAGUUAUCGAGAAUAUUGCUGAACUUGAUCUAGAGUCAGAUUUUCAAUCGCCUCCAAAAGAAAUCGAUGGUGGAACAAACGAUAAAGCAGUUGCAAUUCUUGAAAAAUCCACAAAAAACAACAUUUACUAUGACAAGAGUCGUUCAUUUUUUGAUAACAUUUCUUGUGAAGCUACGGAACGAGAAGCUGGGAAAGACAAUAGAAUCGAUUGGAAGAAAGAGCGAAUGACAAAUGAAGUGACAUUUGGUCCUGCUGCAGUUCGAAUGCAUAAUUUUCAUCGACGAAAUUCACGUGGUGGGGCAGCACCACAUCUUCGACGUGUUGGCUAUUUCAACAAUCAGCAGCCGCGUCGUUAUGAGGCUGGGCCUCCAGAAAAUAUUAGAAGCGGUGUUUUUGAUAGGCAAAACAAAUAA